UCUCUGCUGGGCAUUUUUCAGCAGCACAGAGGUGUUUGGGUAGACUCAGACACGUUUGUCUACUGUGAUGGUGUCUAUGCAGUUCUUAAUGUAGCACAGCACACUGUCUGUGAACACCUCCAGGUCUGGAUGUUCAAAAAUGUCCCAGUUUGUCCUGUCGAAGCAGUCCUGCAGUUGCUGAGAGACAUCAUCUGGCCAAAUCUGGACAUAUUGGUGAUGGCAGGAGCAGUUUUCCUGAGGGGGACAUAUGGAGGGCCAUGUGGUCAGACUGGCCCAGGUGUGGAAGUGGUCUGGCCCUGUAGCCCAGCUUGAUGUUAGAGUAGACCCUGUCCAGCGUGUUAGCUCCUCUUGUAGCACAUUUACCAUGCUGAAUUUGGGGAGCACUGCCUUCAAAUCCCCUGCUAUGAUGUGCACAGUGUCAGGAUAUGUACACUGCUGACUACAAAUGCUGCCAUGUAAAUGUCAGAUUUAGCCGAGUUAGCAUUAGCAUCCGGUGGAAUGUAAACAGUAGUAAUCAUGACCACAGUGAACUCUCAGGUGACUGCAUUUAACGGUCACAUACUCCAGGUGUUGGAAGCAGUGACUGUCCACUGUUACUGUGUAAGUAUACCAGUUGUUAUUGACAUACACACAGAGCCCCUCUCCUCUGCGUACCGGACUCCGAUGUCCUGUCAUGACACUGUGUGGUGUAGCCUGUUAGCUCUAAAGCAGAGUCCGGAAUGGAUGAAUGAAGCCAGGUUUCUGUGAUCAGCAGAAUGCAGCUAUCCUUCAUAAUGUUGUUAGUCGCAGUCUGUAGCCUCAGUUCAUCCACCUUAUUAGUGAGGGAUCUGGCGUUCUUGAGAAGAAGGCUGGGCAGCGGUGGUCUGAGUGGCUACUUCCGUAGCCUAGCUAGCAUGCUGGCCCUGCAGGGCUCCUUGCUAUGUCCACCGGAAUGUAGUGUGAGCGGAAAAAGUCGGCUGGAACACUCCGCUCGAAACAAACUCCUAUCUUAAGGAGAUCGUGGCGGCGGUAGAGCUUGUUCGCCCAACAGGAUGUACACGAAAAGCCAAGCAAAGCACUGAGCUUCUGCAGCUAUGUGCGCCGCCAUCUUGCCCGCCCAUCUCGCCAUAUUGUCCAUGUUUGGCCUGGGCGUUUGAAUAUGAAACAGAUGGUCAGUAACCUCCAUCUUCUCCGCUCAGUUCCUGCUGAAGCAGCUAGACUGGGAAAAAUGGGAAAACUACACUUCAUCUCCCUGUUACUGUUAAGUGUAUACCUACAUAAUGCCUCUACAUCUUCUGAAGCAACAGGAUGCCUCGACCCGAGUGUAGUGACCGCAGCUGAGGUGGCACUGGACCAGAUUAAUGCGGACAGAAAGGAAGGCUUCAUCUUUUCUCUCAACAGAGUGUAUGAUGUCCUGCAGGAGUCUGAGGAGGAAGAAGGGAAGCUUUUACAGCUGAUAAUAGAUGUGAUGGAGACGAAGUGUCAUGUGAUCAGCAAAACAAAAUGGAAGUCAUGUGAAAUCAAGGAUAUCGGAAGUGUUCCAGUCUUCGGAAACUGUGAUAUAUCUGUCUUUAUUCAGACCAACAUUACUUUACGUAACUAUAGCUGCACUAUCCAGCAAGUUCCUGCUGCUGCCAUCGUUGAAGUGUGUCCAGAUUGUCCAACAACAGAGAGCCUGAACGAUCCGAUCGUAUCCGAGACAGCAAAUCUCGCUCUUGAGAAAUAUAACAAGGAAUCAAACACGUCUAAUUACUUUGUUCUUCUGAAUAUAACAGGGGCGAGUAUGCAGUGGGUUGUUGGUCCAUCCUACUUUGUGGAGUUCAUCAUACAGGAAACAGACUGUGCCAAAACACUGACUGAUGUAGACUGGAGUCAGUGCCAGCCAAUGAAUGGGACACAUAUGAAGGGCUUCUGUACUGGAUCACACACUACUUCCGAUUAUGAAUUUGAGGUGACUUCCAGUGAGGAUAGCUGGAUCAGUGGAACGCACCCUAAUAUUGAAAAAUUUAAGAAAAAAUGUUUCACCAGUGUCAGCUGUUCACUUCAUCAGCAAAUGCUUGAAAAUGAACUGGAGAACGGACACAGGACAUCCAAAACCCCUCUGUCUGGGUCUGUGCUGGUUCUGCCCCCUCCACCGCUCCCAGUGCCUCCCAGAAUACCAGCAACUGCUCCUAACUGCCCUGGAGAAAGGAGCCACAACCUUGGGCUAUGGUCACUGAAACUAUGAAUAAAAUACCACGCACCAAAAGGUCACUCCGCACUAUAAAAUCAUAUGAAACACUUUUUAGUCGUGGAAAAGGAAAUAAUAUCAGGCAUAGCAACUCUGUAUAUUCUCUAAAUUCUGGGGUAAAGAUGAUUUGAGCAUCGUGUUCGAAAUUGGCUACUUUACAGAUGAUUAAAUAUGAAAGGCAAAAAAAGUUUUGUUUUAUCAAUGACUCUGAAAAUGAAUUUAAAUCUAGGAAUGUAUUUAUAUAUAUAUACACAUACACACACAAAGGUAAUGGUUUCAAGAUGAAACAAUACAGCCUAAACAGCACACACAGGUCAUUCAGCUGUGAAAGAAAAAAAAAGCAGCCUGCAAUAAAAUUAUAAAAUAAAACAAACGAUAAAAGA